AUGGAAUAUCCUCGUAAUGCCCCUGCAUCCCGCCUGCCAGCUCUGCCAGUCGCACAGGCAGAUACCUCUUCCGCAUUGGCAUUGCCUCGCCAAGCUCUACAAGACGCAAGGGAUGGCUCGAUGACCAGCACCAAUCGAGUUGUUAAGAAUCAAAUUGUUUUUCGGAUUAAAGAUUCUCGUAAGCCAACGACAAGGACACGGCGCCUCGGGACGCAGGACCAAAGCGGCACCGCGGCAGAACCCGUUUUCCGCCCCCGAAGGUCACAUCGCAAAUCUCGAACAGGAUGCGGAAACUGCAAAAGACGGAGAGUCAAGUGUGACGAAACGAAGCCUCACUGUCAAAGGUGUGAAGCUUAUGGUGUAUCUUGCGACUAUACAGCCGUAGACAACCAAUUAACGCUUGCAACCGCAUGUGCAUCUAAUUCUCGCCAAAUCGACGCGUCGGCUUUCUCUAUGUCUGUGACGGAUCUCGGCAAUAGGAUAUUGGAGGUGCUUCGCUCAGGCUCGUUAUCAGGCGUUGACCCCGGACCACUGCCAUCAUUCACAGCGAAAAAUGCACCGUUAGCGUUGAAUCAUUUUGUACAGACAGUGGGCCUGAUAGCAUCCAUGACGGAUUCGUCGAGGAAGGUAGUUAGGGGGGAUAUGAUGCGGUUGGCAUUUCGUACACCACAUCUUAUGCAUGCUAUUUUAGGUGUAGCCUGCACAUCCAUGUAUCAGAUGUCGAUACAUGAUAAAUCACACAAGGUUGCGGAAGCGUAUCACUGGGAAGUCGCCAUCAGAUUAUACAAAAAGGAAAUCCAGAAUCCAGUUGGAGCACACAACAUGGACGCACUCAUGUCAACUUGCAUGAUGAUGGGGGUUUUAUCCUUUUGCGAAAAAGAAUACAACCCCCUUGAUUCUUGGGUCUUCUCGUCACGCCCGACGGACCUCAAUUGGCUUUUAGUUCAAGGCGGCCUUCGAUAUCUCAUCCAAUCUGCCGUGCCAUGGAUUCGGCAGAGUAUUUGGUGGGAUUUUUUCAUGGAGUCCGAUGACGAAAACAAAACGUUCGACGACCAUCGCCCUGGUCGUGUUGGCCUAGACCCACAACUCGCAGAUCUGUGUGAAAUUGGAGAAACGACUACGGAGGAUGAUAACCCAUACCACUGGCCCUUGAGAAUGCUCAGUCCGCUGCUCAACCUACCGAUGAUUCGCGAACAUUUUAGCAAAUUCUGCACUUUUAUGGGCAGACUCCUACCGCCAUACACCAAUCUCUUGCAUCGAAAGGAACCGAGAGCGUGUCUCAUUCUGGCGAUUUGGAUGGCUAAGAUGUGCGAGCAGAAGGAGUGGUGGAUAUACCCACGAAUGCACGCCGAGUGCACAGCUCUCUGCAUGUUCUUGGAGCAUAGUGAUGACCCACGGAUCUUGAAACUGCUCGAAUACCCGGCGUCUGCAUGUGGGUAUGUUCUCAAACAUCAGCGAGAGGACGAACUACUUGAGUCUAGCCUGCAAUUGCUAGAGCAAACCUUGAUGGAAUGAAAGAGUCUUGUAUUCCGUGAAUGCGGGAAAACGAGGUGAGAUUGAACCACGAUGUCGCUAGUUUUAAUCGUUGCAAACAGCUUGUUGGGUCCCUCCUUUCGCUCGUGGCGUGUCGUCGGAGUAGAGCUAUAUGCGUGUUACCCAAUUUGGCAGUCCAUCAUGUGAUGGCUUUACGGCCGAGCCCGAAGACUCACUGCAUCUGGGCUCGGGAACAUUUUUGAGAUCAGUGGUGGGUGAGGAGUCGGGUUCUUACUAGAUAUCUCUUGAUCCUUGGUU